AUGAGUAGCACUGAAGGUAUUCCUAUACGUCGACUUGUUGUACAUGAUCCCAAAGAUAUGCCACUUCAUUUCGGUGAAACACCUGGUGGCAGUAUUUUCUCGACAACUCCAGGAGGCACUCGAAUCUAUUAUGAUCGAGCCUUUUUACUUUCUCGUCGUGAUUCACCGAUGACACGUUCACCACCUCAUUUGCCAUAUAUUCCGGAAGUUACUUUAAUUCCUGAACCGGAAAAGAAUGGUGAAGUUGUUGAAAAUGGUGUAACAACGGGUAAAAAAGAAAAAUCUGAAUCAUCGACUGAUAAGACGAAUUUAUCAACAUCGGAACAACAACAAACAACAAAAGCUGUUAAAAAGGAUGGUGAUGAUCAAUUUUCAAUGGAUAUGUGA